CGCGCGUAAUAUCGAACAGUGUAAUGAUCUUCUUUCAAUGGCAACUUUGCAUGGUUUUUCCCUUGGUGAAAAUGAAAUAAUGAGGUUUAGGGGGAGAGCUGGGGAGACCGGACAAAAUUGGUCACCAUUUUCAAUCCGAAGUCGAGACAAGAAUUGAUCAUCCUUCGCCUCGCCUCUAAAUUUGCAGGCAAUGGAGCUUAGAAGAAGAACGGCCAUAAUUCAAGAGUCGCAAGGACAUUAAGUAAAGAUAUAAACGGGGUCGAAUUUUCCCGUUAUAACAAGCCGUAUUUGCCAUGGCGCCAGUUCUGCUUUUUCUGGCGACGCACAUAGCUCUAGCCCUAAACUCAAAUCGAUACAGUGCGACCGAAAGUUCUAUCAAGCAAAAAUAUGCUAAUUACUUUCGACAAGAAAUUACUCAGGCUGUGAAUACGAGUUAUACUAAUGAGGGAACAAUUUCUAGUACCUUACACGCAACAAAUUUCAAUUUCACUACUCCCAAUUUUAAAGGUAACGACAAAGUUACGACCGCUUGGCCCAACAAUACGCGAAACUACAAAACAACUUUCAAUAGCACGCCAAACGCUGACAUGUAUAUUAAUUACAGUUUUAAUAGGGAAAGUUCGUUACCGACCCCAAAUGCGCCUACAGAAAGCUCGAGGUCAUUUAAAAACGGUGAGCGGUUAACUUCCAGCGAGACUAAUGGACAUAAUUUAACUAAGCCCUUAAAAAGCAGAAGGUUCGCGAACGUUUCCUCCAGCAAGUCAGUCAACCAAAAAACCGUCGCAGUUAACGAAGUGAUGAUACUAACGGACCAUUCUAAUUUAAUAAAGGUUGAGAAUUCGGAAAACUUUGUAACUGACAUAAAUAAUACCACAAGUGCUUCGUUUUCCUACGCGCCUGAGCCAGGAGAAAACUUGCAAACUAAUUUCGUCCUGGGAGAUGAAGCUGAAUUAUUAACUAACGCUGAGAGCCGCACGACGAUGUCCCCUUUUACAUAUCUUAAUAUUAAGAAUACCAAAGAUAGCCAAUCGGUUACGAAAUCUAACGUAAUUAAGAGAGGGAGUUUCGUAAGUCCAUCUAUUGUUCAAGACGUGGGGACAACGGAAACAUCAGCUGCAACCGUUGCGAAGAGGCAAUCAGGGAGUAUCCGACCGACAUCAUUUGUUCGAGAGGACUUUUUUAACGAGGUGGGUACCACGUCACUUUCGGUCACAACUGAAAGCCAAACUCUCCCAAUCGACGUCGUUGUGGGUAAAGAUAGUGAGAUCACUCCCGGUCCCAAAAUAUCGAAAUCAACACAAGAAACAGCGGAAACGUCGACAUUUCCGGCUAUUUUAACAGAAACGAAUCCGAAGUUAAACUUCGCAUCGAGUAUUUCAACAUCCACAUCUAGAGAAAUUUACAACGGCAAAAGUGAACGGUUGGACGAUGAAAAUCCCGAGGAUCCCGCGGGUUACGGUGACUACGGCGAACUUUCCACCGCGACCACAUUAGAAGGUAACGAUAAAGUGAUUGUGACUACCGAAUCUUUCGACGGCGAAACGGUCGAUUUAAAUAGUAAUGAUAAUGCGAUAAAAAUGUCGUCGGAGUUUCCGUGGCCUGUAAAGAAGGAGGCGGUAGUGGAAGGUGAUUUGGUGUUGGGUGGUUUAAUGAUGGUGCACGAACGUGAGGAUACCGUUACUUGUGGGCCUAUUAUGCCUCAAGGAGGCAUUCAGGCGCUCGAAGCGAUGCUCUAUACAUUAGAUCGUCUAAAUGAAGCUCCGACCUCGCUUCUCCCUAAUAUUACCUUAGGGGCGCACAUCUUAGAUGACUGCGAUAAAGACACUUACGGUCUCGAAAUGGCUGUUGACUUCAUUAAAGGUAAGCUUUCCUUAGUUAAUUUCUUGCGUGACCAAUUUAAAAGAGCCCAUUACGGUUGCGACUACGGAAAUAGGGCCUACACUCCUCUCUCAUUAAUCGGCCCAGACAAUCAAAAUCUGCUUAUAGAAACCUAA